GCUUUAGUACUUCAGCAUGUAGCCACGCAGCCAUUAUCCAUUUUUCUUUCGUUGUGACUUUAGCUUGGCUGUCUGACAAACGUGUUGAGGUCUUUUAUAAGUUUUGAAAAUUUUCAAAAUACUAUUUUAUACCUUUUUAAACAUUAUAAAAAGUGCUGUAAAACUAAUAUGGACGAAGAAGAAGAUUUGAAUUUGUGGGAAUGUAUAGUGUGUUUCGAAAGUUUUGAAUCAAAAAUUGAUCUCACCGCUCAUUUGAGAACUCACGUUGGACUCAAAUCGUUUAGGUGUACGAUAUGCUCGAAAUUAUUUUUCCAAAAUAUUCAGCUGCAAGAACAUUUGAAAACGCACGAAACCUUUGAAGAUACGGAGAUUAAACAAGAAAUUAAAGAUGAAAUAGAAGAAUUAGAAGCUGCAGAUGAAGAUAAUUAUAUUGAAUUUAAUGUGGAGAAAUUGGAUGAUUAUAAUGUAUCUGAAAAUUUGAUAUUUGAAGGUAAUGAAGAGGAAGAAGAACACAUCAGGUUUGAAAUAAUUGGAGAUGAUGAAGAUUCGCUAGGAACAGACGAUGAUGUUAAGUACUAUUCUUCCCAAUGUGUAGUGUGUUGUAAAACGUUUUCUUCAGUAAACGAUUUAUCCUUACACCUUAAAAAGCACAUUGGUUUAAAACCGUUUGACUGCACAAAUUGUUUACAGUCGUUUUCAACAAAACCUGAUUUGGUUAAACACGUACAAACAUGCGAAGAAGAUACAAUUAAAAAGGAUCCGACUCUUAUAGAAGGAGGAGGUUUCAUAGGUUUCAAAGAAGAAGAAAAAUAUGAUACGGAAUUGGAAAAAAUGAAGUUGGCCGAAGUUAUUAGACAGCAAGAAGUUGCGAGGAAUAUAAAGAGAAAACGCCACAUUCGUUCUAAAACUAGGAUAAAGUGCCCCAAUUGCCCGCUAACUUUCGAUAAUGUCUGUCAUUUUAGAAUCCAUUAUCGUAAAUAUACAGGAGAGAGGCCUUACAAGUGCGCUAUGUGCGACAAAUCGUUCGCUAAAAAUAGCAACCUUACGUCUCAUAUUAGAAUCCAUACAGGAGAAAAACGAUUCCAGUGUCCUUAUUGCCCGAAAAAAGCGGAUCACAAGAGUGCAUUGAAAGUUCAUAUCAGAGUACACACAGGAGAGAAGCCUUACAAAUGCCCGAUUUGUUUAGAAGAAUUUGUCCACAAAAGAUCUCGAGACACUCAUGUAAUGGCUCACAAUAACGAAAGACCGUUCGAAUGUAACGUUUGUGAAAAAAAAUUCAUCAAAAAAUAUAAUCUCGAACUACAUUUGAGGACCCAUUUCGGGAUAAAACCCUACGAAUGCUCUUCUUGUUGGAAAUCUUUUACUUCGAGAAGCUCUUUGAAUUUACAUAUGGAUUCGCAUGCUUCCACAAAACCGUUCAUUUGUCAAGUAUGCGGUAAAGGAUUUCCAAGUAAAAUUCGAUUGAAAGACCAUUUGAAGAUCCAUUCCACUAUCAGACCGUUCCAGUGCGAAUUUUGCGCCAAGACUUACUAUAACAAAGGUCAUUUAAGGGAACACCAGAAGAUCCACACUGGCUAUAAACCUUACAACUGUGAAAUAUGCUCUAGAGAGUUUGCUCGGAAACAAGAUUUGAAUAUACACAUGGAUGUACAUGCGGGUAUUAAACACAACUGCGAAUUGUGCCCCAAGAAAUUUUCUAGGAAAAGUCGUUUAUACCACCAUAUUCGAUUGGUUCAUAGAGAUAGUUACGCCUUUGAAAAUAGUGAUGAUAUAUGAAAUAAUCGAAUAUAUAUCUACAUAUUUUAUAAUUUAGUAUAAAUAUAUGCUUCAAAUAA